AUGGAUUUCACAAAGGCGGGUAUAGCCAGGAAAUUGCAACUAGAGGAGCUUGAAUGUCUUAGAAUGGAGGCAUAUGAGAAUGCACGGAUCUACAAAGAGAAGAUUAAGGCAUUUCAUGAUCAGCAUAUUCGGAAGAAAGAUUUUCAAGAAGGUGACAAAGUUCUUCUUUACAACUCAAGACUCAGAUUCAAGCCCGGAAAGCUCCUUUCAAGGUGGGAUUGUCCCUUUAGGGUGAAGGAGGUGAAGCCCUAUGGUGUGGUCGAAUUAUUCCACCCUCAAAGUGGUACAACAUUCAAAGUGAAAAGCCACAGGAUAAAGAAGUAUCAUGGUUAUAAAUCACCAAAGGAGCUGGAGGUGUUCCUACUUGAGGAUGCACUGGAAGGAAGAGAAGCUUAA